AGGGGAGGAAAGGAUGCGUACAAAUCAGCCGGCCGCCGUCCUGCAGUUUAUGCCGUGUGCUUGACUGUAAAGAUGAGGAUUUCUCUCAGCAGAACUUUUAGUUUCAGAACUUGUACAAAGAAAGGACCUUUUCUCUUUUCCUGAAUGAACUUCUUCCUACAGCAGCAGUAGCAUUACACGCACUUUAGUUAAAAUGAUGAAAAGGCGGAAAGGGGGAUGACGUGUUUCGAAGGGGGUGUUUCAGUGGUGUGAGGAUUGCGGGCUGUGGUUGGGUAUGUCAGUGCCACGUGUCUGCGCUUGCACCUCUCUUCUCUACACAGAGGAUGUCGGACUGAGACCUUAGUGCGCCUGGCCAAAGUGGGUCAUCAUCACGUUACACUGGGAGGAUCACAUCUUGAGAGGGAAUGUUGAGCAACCUGCUAUAAGACGACACCAGCUGAUUUGGCGACAGAAAUCUCUAAAGGACUUCAUUCUUUAUUUCUUUUCCGGUUCCUGAAUGAGCAUGCUGCAUUCCCUUUGUUCCAUCAUUUGGUUGAACCGCGGGUUCAAGUUGAGAAAAGUGGCCUGUUCGGCUAACACCGGCCAGGUCUAAGCCUUUCCUACCGCGCAUGCCAGCUUAUGAGCUCCGGUCAGUAGUGCUUAGCUUUCAACUAAACGUCCUACCGUACGACAUCAUUCGUACCCUCGCAAAGUUUCACCCCCGGUCCGACACUCUUCUGCCAGCGGUGAUCGUCAUUUCAUACUCUGAAAAUGGCUGCUGAUGGCUUCCAGUACAGAUCUCUGUACGCCUACUGUAAGGACUGGGAGGAUGACAUUGACCUUGAGCCCGGUGAUAUCCUGACGGUGGACAAGGCGUCUCUGCUGUCACUGGGCAUCAAAGAGGGAGAUGAGCAGCACCCGGAAUGCAUCGGCUGGAUCUUAGGGUUUAACGAGCGUACCAAACAGAGGGGAGACUUUCCGGGUACGUACGUGCAGUAUGUGGGACCUGUGAAAAUGUCUAUGCCGUCCUGCCAGCCUCGUUCUCAGAGACCGCUUCCUGCUGUUCCCAGACCUGAGCCAACUUUGCAGGUUGCUCCAGUCCUGGACUUAACCAAACAGUUCACACACCUAGAAACUGCUCCCCCAACUCUUAUUAAGUUGGUUGAAGCAAUUGAGCAGACAGGUCUGGACUCUAUGACACUUUACAGGACAUCCACUGCUUCAGCCUCUGACAGUCAACGACAAAGCCUCGCUGAGCUGCAGGAGUUGGACGUGGGACAGUGGGACAUUCAUGCACUCUCAGAGGCUCUUAUUCGGUACCUGCAGGAACUUCCUGCCCCCAUCAUCCCUCCUUCUGUUUAUGCAGACCUUCAGGCUGCAGUGAAACUAGAAUCAGACGUCCCCUCCGUGAGGCGACGAGAGCGGCUGUGGGAGGCACUGGGGAAGCCUGAAGUUCCACUGCAGAACAUCCUGACGCUGCAUUAUUUGCUUAGACACCUGGAGAAGGUCUGCCAGUGCGCGGAGCACAACGGUCUUGACGUUCACACCCUCGGCCAAAUCUUUGGCCCUCUGCUGAUCAGGGGCCCUGUGAGCGGGUCGGAGGAAGAUGAAGGGUUUCCUGUGGUUGCAGUUGAGAGACUUCUUUUGGAGAGAAUUUGGGAACAAGAGCCAACCCCUCCCGCUCUCCCUCCUAAACCGCCCAAAGCCAAAGUCAUGGCCUCAUCUGUGACUAAUGGAAACAACAGCUUACUGAGUGACGCUGAAUGGUACUGGGGUGACAUUUCAAGAGAGGAAGUGAAUGAGAAGAUGAGAGACACUCCUGAUGGUACGUUCCUGGUGCGGGAUGCUUCAAGCAAAGUGCAGGGAGAGUACACCUUGACCCUCAGGAAAGGAGGCAAUAACAAACUGAUCAAGGUUUUUUACCGCGGGGGGAAGUACGGAUUCUCAGAACCUCUUACUUUUUUAUCUGUGGGGGAGCUCAUCAACCACUAUCGGCAUGAGUCACUGACUCAGUACAACGCCAAGCUGGACACUCGCCUGCUCUUCCCUGUGUCUAAAUAUCAGCAGGAUCAGGUGGUGAAAGAGGACAGUAUUGAGGCGGUAGGAGAGCAGCUGAAGGUUUAUCACGAGCAGUAUCAGGAGAAAAGUCGUGAAUAUGAUGUACUGUAUGAAGAAUACACACGCACAUCACAAGAGCUGCAGAUGAAGCGAACAGCCAUAGAGGCCUUUAAUGAGACCAUCAAGAUCUUUGAGGAACAGUGUGAGACCCAGGAGCGCCUCAGCAGAGAGAACAUUGAGAAGUUUCGCAGAGAAGGCAAUGACAAGGAGAUUGAGAGAAUUCAGAGCAACUCUGAAAAGCUGAAGUCCAGAGUGACAGAGAUUCAUGACAGCAAGAGGAAAUUGGAACUGGACUUAAAGAGGCAAGCCACAGACAAUCGAGAGAUAGACAAGAGGAUGAACAGCUUGAAACCAGACCUCAUACAGCUGAGGAAGCUAAGGGACCAAUACCUUGUAUGGUUGACUCAGAAAGGCACCAGGCAAAGGAAGAUCAACGAAUGGCUGGGUUUAAUGAAUGAAUCAGAAGACUUCUAUUCUCUGUUGGACGACGAUGACGAUCAAGCACAUCACGACGAGUGCUCCUGGUACGUAGGGGACAUCAAACGCACACAGGCGGAGGAUCUCCUGAGAGGCAAACGAGACGGCACCUUCCUCAUCAGAGAGAGCCAGACCCAGAAAGGCUCCUACGCAUGCUCUGUUGUAGUGGAUGGAGAGAUCAAGCAUUGCAUGGUUUACAAGACGGCCACGGGUUUUGGAUUUGCUGAGCCCUACAACCUUUAUGGUUCCUUGAAAGACUUGGUCCUGCACUACAAACACACCUCUCUGGUCCAGCACAACGACUCACUGAAUGUAACCCUGGCCUACCCGGUCCUCGCACAGCCGCCUAGAUGAGCACCCUGACACGACACUGCCGAGGACACACAUAUAAAGCAUGAUUAAGCACAUUAUACAGAGCAAACUAUACUAACACCAAACUUUUACGUUUAUCAUAGAGAACAGAUAAGCACAGUAUAUUAUUGUAAGUAACCGUACGGCUUUCUUGGAAGCCCAUAGUUUUCCGUAUCAAAGUCAGCUGCAGUAAUUACGGUAAGAUCACAGCUUGUGAACUCUGUAUUUGUUGUCCCAAUACGAGAAAGACGCAAGUGUCACAUGACUCCACGAAAGCUCGAACUAGUGCCGCAGUCCUGAAUAUUUGCGAUUAGGACAUGGGUCAGGAACGAGAUGAGGAAUUAACUGAAAGCUUGCAGCUGUUGAUAAUCAAUCUUUUAGCUGUUAUGCUGCGUUCAAGCCAUGUCGUAAUUGCCGUAGUCCUGAGAUGGCAGCGUCUGAUUUUUUUUUUUGUUGUUGUAAUAAAUAAUCUCGUAAUUACGGUAAUAACAUGGCCUGAACUCACCUUUAUGUCACUGUGUAUUUGUUUGGUAGUUCGCUUCUGCCAACCAUAUCAAUAGAUUCCUCUUUAUGUGAGUUGUCCUGUAGAAGAUGUGAAAUUAUUUUAUAUAUCAGAUUUUGUUGAGGGACUCUGAAGUCCUUUUAGCUUCUAAUCUGCCUCUUAAAAGCUAGUCGUCAUGGUGAGAAUAAAUAGCCAUCAACACUUGUGUACUUUUAUUUGAGAUUUUACACCACAGCGCCUAGCAUCUUAAUGGUUUCUGUGGGCUGGUAAUGGUGCUUCCUGCUAUAUUUUUUGAUUCUUGUAACAUGAGAAUGAUGCAUAACUAUAGCGAACCGUUAAGAAAACAAACGUGAUCCCAAAGCAAUGACGCGCACAGGAACUUUCACUCGCUUAGAACGGUUUCAAUGGGCUAAGCAGGUUAUUCAACAGACGCAAGCACAAAUGGAACUGAAGAUCACCUGGAUAUGAUUACAGAUUUUUUUAGGUAAUUUUCAGGUGCAAGUUGAUAUAUUGUGGUAGUAAAUAAGUCCUAAUGGUGGUUGGGCAUUUUGUAACUGUACUUCCCCUAGUGUUUCAUGGCAUUUUGGGCUUGAGCUGUGGCUCAUCUUGUCAGAUGAUACACUGGUCUGUACAUCAUACAAGUCAGCUGGUCUAGAAAGUAACAUUUUUUGUGCGAGUGAUCAUAAGCAGAACCAGAUAGCAAGUUUAUUUUUGCUUACUAAGAAUCAGUGAUUAAAUUAGAUUUUUGAAGAGGAAGUGGUUUUAAAGUGCCUUCUGCCCAUAUGUCCUUGAGGAGCUUUCCUGGGAUUGGGGCAGUACAGAAUGCUUCACUUCCAUAGAGUCACUAAUCAGAUAUUCAUGCCACACACACACACUCCUCGAACCCUACGACCAAAAGGAGGAUCAUCCCAUCAAAGGCGUUCUGUUCAGUACUUUAAAAUAAAGUAGUUGCAUCGGGAAUAGCAAGUUAGAGAAGACCUCUUAUUUGUACUUAAACAUAACUCCUAUUUGUUAGCUUGUGUGCUUUUAAUGAGGUUUGGUCUUAACCAGUAUGCACUUUCGUGGAAGUUAAUUUGAGGUACCUUUGAGUAAUUUUGUCAAUUUUUUAAGGCCUGUUCACACCAAGACAAAAAUUCAAUGUGAUAAAGAUUUUAAUUUGAUUGAACAUGAAUAUUCACAUGUCAACAGUGCGACAGAAUUGUUUGGGUUUUUUUUUUUUUUUUUUCCGCCAGAGAGGUUUUCUAAUCUCUUAUCCAUCGCACUGGGAAUAAAGCUAUUCAACCACACUUUUGGCCACUGUUACAUAAAACUACAAUUUGGUGGCUCUUACAGAGUACAGUUUGGUUUCAGAAGUAAAAAAUCGCAAUUGCAUGAUCACAUCUCGCAAUGCUGACUUUUUUUUCCUCUGGAUUCUAAGUUUAUAUUUCACAGUUUUGUUUAUUUGCAUCUUUUUUUGUUGUUGUUGAUAUCUUUGAAUUUAAACUUUUCUUCACAGAAUUGUGAGUGCAUUGCAUCGUGCAAUUCUGAGAAAAUAAACAGAGAUAUGAACUCGCAUCGUUAAAAAUUCAUUUCCUUUCUAAUUUGUUUUAUUCCGUGGCAGAAAUAAACGUACACAUAUUUAACAAUAACUUAUAAACUGCUAAAGGAUUACCUACAAAGUUGCAGAACAAUGAAAUGUUGCGUAGUGCUUUGGUACAUGGUAAAAGUAUUUCUUCCUUUUCCAAAACCGCCACAACUGUCAAAGAGUGAAAUUACAUUUUUAUUCAGCCCAUUUGUGGUUUUAUAAGCACUGGUCUAAACACAAUGUGUGAACAGGCUUUUAUUCUGGAUAUAUUUUAAUAAAUCAAAUAGGCUAUCAAAUACAGAUGCAGUGUAUUUCAGUUUAUUUAAAGGGCAAAUUGAAAUACUUUAAAACCUUGAAACUUUAAAUUUGCCUAAAUCUAGUAUAUUAAUUCUUCACUUUUGACAUCCUCCUUUUAGAUGGAUUCAUUUUUGUUUUUAUAAAUCCACAACAGACAAUAAGGUUUUAAUUUUGUAAGCGUUUUUUGUCUGUAAAUUCCAGUUUGUUUCAUCCUAUCGAUAGUAUGAAGUUGUUUUGCUAUGACGGUGUGGAGUGGAGCAAGAACAGAGUCACUGGUUAUGAUUCCUUGAAUGUUCUGACUGACUGACGUCGGGUCUUUGAGAGCACAGAGAAUGAGCCAGAGUGUUGGAUGGGACGAGUUUGUGUGAGAUAAAGCAGUGGAGUAAAAUCCUCUAAAUGCACUAUACAAGCACAUCUUGAGGUGAUUAUGAGUGAGAAAUAAUGAAGCUUGACGGUCUUUAUGAGCAAAAGAAAUAGGUUAGGUACACAUUUUAGUCACAGGCCUAUAAUGUCAUAACGCGUUAUGAUCGUGCCGUAGUGGGUCUGUUAUGUGUUUUUAUUUUCUUUAACUCCUUUUUAAAGAGAAACUAUAAUUGUAUGUCAAAGUUUUUUCAUUGUAAGAAAUGACCUUACGGAUUCAAAGAUAAGCUAGCUUGAAUAUCUCUCUUCCAUUCAGUACAGUUACAAAUGUUUACAUUAUCUAAUUAACCAAAUAGAAGAUGUUUUCAAAUGUGCUCUCUCUGUCAGACAGGGAUUCUUGUCUUUUUUUUUGUUUUGUUUUUUGCCUCAGCUGUUUUAAACUUGAAGAUUUGCUUUCCCUUCUUUGUUCACUUUAAACAGUGCUCCCUCACCUCACAACAUUUUCUCUGAGUAAAAAUGCAGAUAUGACCCAGAGCCAGCUCUUUUUUCUUUUCAUAGCAGACAUAUUUUUCAAGUUUCAUUUUUGGAUUUUAAUAAUUCUGACAAUUACAUCCUAAUUUCUGCCCAACUUCCCUCUGUAGUCUCAGGUAAAUUAGCAGAAAUUACCCCUCCCUCUUUCUAAACAAGAUAUGCCCCGAAAAGUAAGAUACACCAGGGCCAAUGUUUAAUAGACAUGUACUUUUGUAUUUAGUGGUUAUGACAUAACCACUGAUUACCCUUCACUUCUUUAAACUAAAUGAUACCUUACUGUCUUGUUUCCCCUGAGUGCAUGAAGUAGCCUGUUGAAGAUAAUGCACACCAAAGUGCCAUUAGACAUGGAGGAUGGGGAGCACUGUUUGUUAUCCAGUACAUUGUGUGUGUAUGUGUGUGUGCGUGUGCGUAAAUUUAAUGUACAUACUUCAUUCUCCUUUUAUUACUUCUGUUCUCUCCAAUCUGUUUUUGGGCGCAGAUUUUUCAGUGUUCAGUUUGAAUCAGUGUUUGUCUCUCAAACAGGUACACAAGCAUUACAGAGAUAUGGCUCUUUAAUAGAUAGAUGGAAUUAUUUUUAAGACAAUAAAAAGAUAUUGAGUCUAUUGCA